UUUAGAGAAAUAGAUCACACUUCACUUUCCUAAUCUGUCGCCGGAAAAUAAACCAGCAACCGGAGCUUUCUCUAAUUCUUCAAAUCGGAGCUCAAAAUCAGAGUGAAAUGGAUAUUUUUGAUAUCCAUAACGUCAAGAUGGAGAAAGCAAACGCGAUGCAACGUUACCGGAGCUUCCGAAAAAUAGCGAAAUUGUUCCGGUUGAUUGAGCUCUUUUUAGCGGUGGUUUUACUCUCGUGGAUCUCAACUCGUCUGCCGUUCGUCGUAAGAGUAUCCGGCGAGUACUUCCGGCAGCUUCUCUCAAUCAUCGUCAGCCCUCUCUUCAUUUUUCUAGUCGGUAACGUAAUCGUGUUAACCCUCGUUGUAAAAUCCGGCCAUCUCACCGGAGCUAAUACCGCCGUGGAUAAUGCCGGAACUGAUCUGUAUGAAGACAUCGUUAACAAUGUAAGCGACGAUGAUCCUCCCGUUCUCAAACACGAAGAAAUUGUUUAUCAGGAUAAACGAAUCAUAUCUGAAGUAAACACUAAACCAAUCACCGGCGAAAUCAAAGUCAGUGAAUCGUCGGCGAAUUCUAUUCCAGAUCUAGAUCCUAAAAUCUACCGGAGAAGCCAGUCUGAAAACCUAAUGAAGAGAGAGCCUUUUCUGGAGACGGAAAUACUUAAUUGGAAGCUGAAGCGGUCGGAGACAGAGAUAGGACGGCGGAAAGUUGAUUCUCCGGUGGACAACGUCGUCGACGAGCUGAGCAAUGAGGAGUUUCAGAAGAAGAUUGAAGGAUUCAUCGCUAAACAAGUCAGGUUUCACCAAGAGGAAAAAUUAGCAAUUGUACCCCACAAUUUAAUCUGAUAUUUUCCGUACAAUUUUUUCGAGAUAACGUCAGUAGAGAAAAAUCAUAAAUGCUUCUUUCAUCAUCGAAUUGAUUCUCUAAUCUCCAUUUCUCCUACUCUAUGUACAGUAUUUCUACUAUUAUCCAGAUUCGAAAUAUCACAAAAAGUAACUUCGAUCUUUA